AUAGACUUUGGUUUAUAACGGGGAAAAAAACAUCCGACGUUGAGUUUUUCGGAGACUUGAGUCACCGCCGGUGAAUCCUCUCCCGCCGUCCGAUUCCUUUUACUUGGCGUCUUGCGAGAAGUGAGAAUGACGAGCAAUGAUUUGAACACCUGGGUUUCGGACAAGUUGAUGGUUCUGCUUGGCUAUUCACAAACUGCUGUCGUGAAGUAUCUAAUUGCAUUGGCCAAAAAAUCAAAAUCACCAGAUGAUCUCGUGCGUGAGUUGGUAGAUUACGGGUUUCCUUCGUCGGGUGAUACUCGUGCUUUUGCAGAAGAAAUCUAUGCUAGAGCUCCCCGGAAAACCGCUGGUGUGAAUCUCUACCAGCAACAAGAAGCAGAGGCAGCGAUGCUGUUGAGGAAGCAAGAAGCUCUAUCCCUUUUAGAGGCUGAUCAUGAUGAAGAUGAAGGAAAUGUGGAGAAGCAAUCUUCUCUGGAGUCCAGACCGUCUGAUAGAAGAAAAAAAAGGUUUAGGAAGAAGAUUGUUCAACAGGAAGACGACGAUAAUGAGGUGGUGAUUGUAAGAGAGGCCGAAAGGAAUGUUAGGAGAAGGGUUUCCGAUGGCGAGGAUGAUGGCAUUGAGUCUGAAGAGGAGAGAUUACGUGACCAAAGGGAGAGAGAAGAACUAGAGCAGCACCUAAGAGAACGUGAUACUGCACAGACAAGAAAGCUAACAGAACCAAAAAUGUCAAAGAAAGAGCGAGAAGAGGGUGUUCGAAGAGACAGUGCUGUAGAGAAGGGUGAUAUGGAGUCCCUAAGGAAAUUCUCGCGGCAAGAAUAUUUGAAGAAAAGGGAACAGAAGAAAUUGGAAGAGCUAAAGGAUGAAUUAGAAGAUGAAGAAUAUCUUUUCGGAGAUGAAAAGCUCACCGAAACAGAACUUAAUGAAUUUAGAUACAAGAAAGAAAUAUAUGAGCUCCUCGUGAAUAAAAGUACACAAGAAGCAGACAAUAUAGGAGAGUAUAGGAUGCCAGAUGCAUAUGAUCAAGAAGGUGGCGUUGAUCAAGAGAAAAGAUUUGCUGUUUCUUUACAACGUUACAGGGACAUGGAUUCGGCGGAGAAAAUGAACCCCUUUGCAGAGCAAGAAGCUUGGGAGGACCAUCAGAUUGGAAAGGCAACAUUAAAAUUUGGUGCAAAGAAUAAGCAAGCCUCAGACAAUUAUGGGUUUCUAUUCGAGGACCAAAUAGAAUUCAUAAAAGCAUCCGUCUUGGCUGGUGAUAAUUAUGAAGACGAGAUGCAUGCUAAACCAUAUCAAGAUUCUACCGGCAAAUCGGCUCUCGAUAUGCUUCAGGAGGAGAGAAAAUCUCUGCCCAUUUAUUCAUAUCGUGACGAACUUCUUAAAGCUGUGAAAGAUCAUCAGGUUCUUAUCAUUGUUGGGGAAACGGGUUCAGGGAAGACUACACAGAUACCCCAAUAUCUUCACGAAGCUGGUUACACCAAGCAUGGAAAGGUCGGUUGCACGCAGCCUCGACGAGUUGCGGCUAUGAGUGUGUCUGCUCGUGUUGCUCAAGAGAUGGGUGUCAAACUUGGGCACGAGGUUGGCUAUUCCAUUCGAUUUGAGGAUUGUACUUCUGAGAAGACAAUUCUUAAGUAUAUGACUGAUGGAAUGCUAUUGCGUGAGCUGCUUGGUGAGCCAGAUCUAAGCAGUUACAGUGUUAUUAUCGUUGAUGAGGCGCAUGAAAGAACUCUGCACACCGACAUACUAUUUGGAUUAGUUAAGGAUAUAGCACGGGCUCGACCUGAUCUGAAGUUAUUGAUAUCCAGUGCAACCAUGGAUGCUCAGAAGUUUUCUGAGUUUUUUGACCAAGCCCCGAUAUUCAUGUUCCCAGGAAGAAGGUAUCCAGUUGACAUUUGCUAUACUACUGCUCCUGAAGCGGAUUACAUGGACGCAGCAAUUACUGCUGUGCUUCAGAUACAUGUGGGAGAGCCACUUGGGGAUGUUUUGGUCUUCCUCCCAGGUCAAGAGGAAAUUGAGACCAUGGAAGAAAACUUGAAGCAGAGGAUUAGAGGUUUCGGUACAAAGAUCAGCGAACUCAUUAUCUGUCCGAUUUACGGUAACCUUCCAAGCGAACUCCAGGCAAAGAUAUUUGAACCAACUCCUGAAGGCGCACGGAAAGUGGUCCUAGCAACAAAUAUUGCUGAAACAUCAUUGACCAUCGACGGUAUAAAGUAUGUUGUUGAUCCAGGUUUCAGCAAGCUAAAGUCGUAUAACCCUAGAACGGGGAUGGAAUCUUUGCUUGUAACGCCUAUCUCUAAGGCUUCAGCGACUCAACGAACUGGUCGAGCUGGAAGAACAAGUCCAGGGAAGUGUUUCCGUUUGUACACGGCAUACAAUUACCACAAUGACUUAGAGGAAAAUACGAUGCCUGAAAUACAGAGGACGAAUCUUGCUAGUGUGGUGCUGGCUUUGAAGAGCCUUGGUAUUAAUAAUCUGUUGAACUUUGACUUCAUGGACCCUCCACCUUCGGAAGCUCUUAUAAAGGCCUUAGAGCUGCUAUUUGCUCUAGGUGCACUGAAUCAGCUUGGCGAAUUGACUAAAGUUGGUAGAAGAAUGGCAGAGUUUCCACUUGAUCCGAUGUUGUCGAAGAUGAUAGUUGUUUCUGACAAGUACAAAUGCUCUGAUGAGAUCAUCUCAAUUGCUGCUAUGUUGUCCAUCGGUCCUUCUAUCUUUUACCGUCCCAAGGACAAGAAGGUUCAUGCUGACAAUGCAAUGAUGAACUUUCAUGUCGGAAAUGUCGGUGAUCACAUUGCUUUGCUCAAGAUUUACACUUCGUGGAAAGAAACGAACUACUCAACCCAAUGGUGCUGCGAGAACUAUAUUCAGGUUCGGAGCAUGAAAAGAGCCAGAGACAUUCGUGAUCAGUUGGAGGGUCUUCUCGAAAGAGUUGAAAUCGAAAUCAGCUCAAACUCCAAUGAUUUGGAUUCAAUAAGAAAGUGCAUCGUAGCUGGUUUCUUUCCACACACCGCAAAGCUACAGAAGAAUGGAUCAUAUAGAACAGUGAAGCAUCCCCAAACUGUGCACAUACAUCCAGCCUCUGGCUUAUCUCAGGUAUUGCCGAGGUGGGUUGUAUAUCAUGAACUAGUCCUCACCUCUAAGGAAUACAUGCGACAGGUAACAGAGUUAAAACCAGAGUGGUUGAUUGAGAUAGCUCCACACUAUUAUCAGCUCAAGGACGUUGAAGAUGCUAAAUCCAAGAAUAUGCCCAAAACCAGUGGCCGAGCUGCGAUGUAGCAACUUUGAUCCAUCCAGGGUAAAAAAUGUGAGAAUUAACUUAGAUCUUUAGAAGCGCACAUAAACAUAUUUGGGCCAGGAGAAAAUGUUCUAUGUAUUAGAUAGAUGUUUUUAAGUAAUUAUAAGAUU